UUGGCCAAUAUGUGCUGGUUUUUUCUGCUAUUCCAGCACCACCUCCCAGAUCAUUUCGAUUUGUGUGAAGAAGGCUUGACUCGAUGUAGGUUUCGCAUUGCAGGGAUUAACAUACAUCGGCUAAAAAGAUGGAUAUGUUUUGAUAUUUUCAUGAGGGUGAUACAUCAGUUUUUAUUCAUUGCUGAUUGGACUUCGCUUGGAUUAUUUGUGGAAUAUUUUUAUUUUUAUUUAUUUUUUAUCCUUUUGUCAGUGUAGAUUCGCUUGAGCAGAAACAAUGAGACGGCAUUUGUUCUGUGUUUUCUCGUUGCUCUCGCUUAGCUCCGUGUUUGGGCAGGUGAGUUAUUCUAUUCCCGAGGAAAUGUCCAAAGGCUCGUUUGUUGGCAACAUAGCACAAGAUUUAGGUUUGGAUCUAAAACGUUUAAAAACAGGAAAAGCUCGCCUGCAUGUUGGAAGCAGCGGUGAAUACAUCGAGUUAAAUAAAGAAAGGGGGGUCCUCCUCAUCAAGGACAGAAUAGACAGAGAGGCGUUGUGCAAACAAACGACUCCUUGUGCGUUACAUUUCCAAAUAAUUUUGGAAAACCCGAUCCAAUUUUAUCAAGUUAAUGUGGAAAUCACUGAUAUUAACGACAAUGCUCCACUAUUUAAAAUGAGUAAUAUGUCAUUCGAGAUAAGUGAGUCGGCCGUGAGGGGAGCGAAAUUUGUACUAGAGAAAGCUGUGGAUUAUGAUGUUGGCAUCAAUGGGCUUAAAGGUUACUCACUCAACCCAUCAGAUAAUUUCGUUUUAAAACUCACUGACAACGCAGUUGGAGAAAAAGAAGUAGAGAUGGUGUUAGAAAAAACGCUCGAUCGAGAACAACAAGAGCGGCUGAUUUUAACACUGACAGCCGUAGACGGCGGAGAAACGCAGCUCUCGGGGACAGUGAAAAUUCUCGUAACCGUGUUAGAUGCGAAUGACAAUGCACCAGUGUUCACAGAAUCAACAUAUAAGGCUAGUUUAAUCGAAAAUUCCCCUAAAGGAACAUCCUUGAUGAGAGUGACAGCCACAGAUUUAGAUCAAGGCACAAAUGGUGUUGUAACUUACUCCAUCUCUGGUAACACUGAUGAUAUUUUGGAAGUAUUUGAAAUACAUCAGACAAGUGGAGAGAUACGGCUAAUUGGUAAAGUAGAUUAUGAAGUGUCAAAACAUUAUCUGUUGCAUGUUAAGGCAAGAGAUCAAGGUGGACUCAGUGAUUCAUGCAAAAUACUGUUUGAUAUUACUGAUGUUAAUGACAAUAGUCCAGUGAUAGACUUGAUGUCAACAACACAGUCUGUACCGGAAGACUCCCCCUUUCAAACAGUCGUUGCUGUUAUGAAUGUUCAUGAUGCCGACUCAGACAAUAACGGAGUCGUUAAAUGUUAUCUGACUGACAGUGAUACUUUUUUCAUUGAAAAUACGUCGAAAGGUUUCUAUAGCAUCCUCACAAAUAGUGAUUUGGACAGGGAAAGAGCUUCUGAGUACAAUAUAACUGUGACCUGCUCUGAUGAAGGAGUACCCUCCCUCUCCAGCAGUGUCACUCUCACCUUACAGAUCUCUGAUGUAAAUGAUAACCCUCCUGUCUUUGAGAGGAGCUCAUAUGAGGCCUACAUAGUAGAAAACAACACACCUGGUCUCUCUAUAUUCACAGUCAAAGCCACAGACUCUGACUGGAACCAGAAUGCCCGUGUUUCUUACAUACUGGAGGACUCCUCUGUUAACGGAGUGCCAGUCUCCUCAUAUGUGUCCGUUAGUGCUGAUAGUGGAGUCAUCCAUGCAGUGCGUUCUUUUGACUACGAGCAGAUCAAGGAUUUCCAGUUCAGGGUCAAAGCUCAGGAUGGAGGCUCCCCUCCACUCAGUAGUAAUGUGACUGUGAAACUAAUGAUCCAGGACCAGAACGAUAACGCCCCUCAGGUUCUGUACCCAGUCCAGACUGGUGGCUCUCUGGUGGCUGAAAUGGUGCCUCGUUCAGCAGAUGUGGGCUAUCUGGUCACUAAAGUGGUGGCUGUUGAUGUGGACUCUGGACAGAAUGCCUGGCUCUCCUAUAAACUGCAGAAAGCCACAGACAGGGCGCUGUUUGAGGUGGGCUUACAGAAUGGAGAAGUAAGAACUAUCCGCCAAGUCACUGAUAAAGAUGCAGUCAAACAAAGACUGACUGUUAUAGUGGAGGACAACGGACAGCCCUCCCGUUCAGCUACAGUCAUUGUUAACGUGGCGGUGGCGGACAGCUUUCCUGAAGUGCUGUCUGAGUUCACUGACUUUACACACGACAAGGAGUACAAUGAGAACCUGACUUUUUACUUAGUGUUGGCUUUGGCUGUAGUUUCCUUCCUCUUCAUCACGUGUGUGGUGGUCAUUAUAUCAGUGAAAAUCUACAGAUGGAGACAGUCUCGCAUCCUGUAUCACUCCAAUCUACCAGUGAUUCCAUAUUAUCCACCACGUUACUCAGACACUUUGGGGACAGGGACUCUCCCACACGUGUACAACUACGAGGUGUGCAGGACGACUGACUCCAGAAAGAGUGACUGUAAGUUUGGCAGAGCUGGUAGUCAGAACGUGCUGAUAAUGGACCCCAGUUCAACAGGGACGAUGCAGAGGAUACAGAGUGAAAAGAGCAUCCUGGACGAACCAGACUCUCCUCUAGAGGUUAGUUCCAUGGAUUAACACCAUUUUCUGUCUUUUAAUUCUUGCCGUACAAGAACAAACCUUUGGCUACAAUAUUUGCUGUUUGAUGUUUGGGAGUCAUUCAGCAGUUUUU